UACUUAUUUCAACUUGAUAUUUUUUUAAAAAAGUUUUCAACUUGAAAAAAAAAUUGGGGCGAGGGUUAUUGUAAAGGCCAAUGGAGGGCUCCUCUUCUCAACACUUACAUUUUGAUAAACCGUCUUCCGGCGCUUCCAAGUUCCUCUUCAAUCUCCCCUCUUGCGGCCACCUCUCCUCCACCGUCAUCUCCUCCAAUCUGGGGGGGAUGCGAGUUUAUAUUUGUGAGAACGACACUUCUCCACCAGAGAGCCAGCUCAUAAAGACAAACCAGCAGAACAUACUUAUUAGAUCACUCACGCUUAAUGAUAAGAAUGGUGAUUCUUGUUCAAAGGUUAUGAAAGCUGCAGCUGAGGGUCCUAGAAAGAGGGCUGCUGAAAGAGUCAUGGAUAGCAGGAUUUCUGCAAAGAAAGCCAAUACACGAGGUACUCCUCAAUCAGAGGGAUCAAGCAGUCGUGCAGCUGAGGAGUACCAUAGUUUAACCGUAGAGAGACUCCGUGCCCUUCUGAGGGAAAGAGGACUCUCUCCCAAGGGGAAGAAGGACGAACUGAUUGCUCGUUUGAAAUGUGUCAAUAGUUCAUCUCAGAAGACGGGCUGAUGCUGCAGCACUCGCAAUGUAUACGCACGCAGAGGUAAGAGAAGUAGGUGCUCAUGUUGUCUUUUGAUGUAAUUUUGGAAAGUGAUCCCCAAAAGAUGGAAUUUACUUAAGAUUAGUGUUUUCUGAAAAAAUAA